GAAGACGUUAAUUAUACAACUACUCUGGUCACAAGUGUCUCUCCUCCUCUGCUAGAAAGCAUCUGUUGGUUAUAUAAAUCUUGGUAGACAUUUUGAAAGUGAGGCAGGUACUCGAUAUGACAUCUUUCAUUCGAUCAAUACGUCGUCUUCCUAUCUCCCAUUCCUUCCGUCAAGCAUCCACCUCAACAUCUCCCUCAUCAUCCGUUUCUGCCACCCAAGCACCACGAGUCUUACCCGAUACCACUGUCACACAUCACCUCAUCACUCUCACUCGAUCGCCUAUAGGUUUACCUCCUCAAGCUCGCGGGACCUUGGAAGCCUUAGGACUCUACAGACGAUAUUCCUCUGUUCUUCAUCCUUUCGGGCCUACUGUGGCGGGUCAAAUUCUCAGAGUGAAGGAGCUAGUAUCAGUGCGGAAUGUCACAGAGGAGGAAGGAAUAAUAAGUUUAGCUAAGAAGGGAUCGGAAGGAAGUGGGGUGGUGGUGAGUGGAAGGGUUUUUGGUGGUGGGAAAGGUGUCGUCAUGUGAAAAACGUUUUCAAGUCAAUCGUACAUCGACUCUUUUAGACAGACAUGCUAUGCAUCGCCACAUUGCAGG